GUGAGUACGCUUCCAAAUUUAUCCGCGAAACCAGUGUUGGAACAAAUUUUUGUCCAUUUUCGAGACCAAGUGGGUCGAAAAGCGAGUGCAUGUACCUGGCAGUGGCGCUGAUCAUUAUUAUUGCGAGUUUGGUCAGGCUGCACAUUAGAAAUGGGCCCGCACGAAGCGCUCUUCUUGGCGAUAAGCAUCGUCGGAACCAUGGGCUUUAUCCCCCAUGGUUCUAUUGGGGGAAAGGAGCACAUCCUCACCGAAGCUUUACUUCGUGAGGUCGUCGAGCGUAUGGGGAAGGAGUUCAACGACGCAGCUUCGAGUUAUCUGGAUUUCCCGUCUAGUGACAGGCACCUGGCCCUCAUGGCUCGGGCCAAUAAGGAGCUGGAGAACGAGCAGUUGGACUACGAUUCCCUCAUCGACGGCAACCCAAACCCAAGCUUGCGCGAUCAGGAAUAUUUGCAGCACAGCUCACUAUGGGGGCAUCAGUACGUGACUGGGGGUGCCGGGGAAGGCGACCAGCGUCUUCACCCUUCAGGAGUGGUGCCCAACCGGCAGAUGGUGAAGACCGACGCCGUGUUGCCGGCCUACUGCAACCCCCCCAAUCCAUGCCCCGUUGGUUACACUGAAGACCAAGGCUGCAUCAGCGAGUUCGAGAACACGGCUGCCUUCAGCCGCGAGUAUCAGCUGUCGCAGCGCUGCAUGUGCGACGGGGAACACAUGUUCAGCUGCCCAGAGUCGCCCUCUGAGCUGGACAUGCGCUUCCCUGACCACCACAAGAACCUGGUUGCCAAGAAGUAUAAGCCUGACGUGGAAAAUCCAUACUUGAUGGGUGAGCGGCUGCCUAUAGCGGCCAAAAAAGGUUUUGAUGUUAUUGUAUACUAAUGAUAAUAUAAUUAAUAAUAUACUACGCA